AUGAAAGAGAUGAAGAAUAAGAGCAAGAUGAAGAAGAAGAAGAAGAAGAAGAAGAAGAAACCAAGACGAAAAACAGAAAUCGGGGGAGCUUAUCGGCGAUUGCAGGUAUAUUUUACUCAACAGACAAUAUAUCCCGUGUUAAGAAGAAAACAGACAGAAGGAAAACUGAAAGAGGAUACAAAAGAGGAAGUGCUACAACCCCCCACACUCAUUGAAAAUGUUCCCAAAGCUAAUUUAGACACACCUAAAACAAUAAAUGCUCCGGAACCUACACUUGCAGCCAAUGUAUCUCAAGAAGAAAAGGUUCCAUUACAACCCACACCUCCACCAAAAACCUCAGUAGGAAUGAAGGCAAUGAUCGAUGUUGACAAACAGCAAGAGGAAUCUUUGCGGUUGACAGCUUCCUUUGAUGAAAUGCCAGGGCCUUCUAUUCUCAAGUACUUGGCUCGAGGAUGGAGCUACUUGCCUCAGAUGAGCAACCAGUUCGCAGCUGCUGCCAUGGUGUAUUUCAUGAAUAUGCUGGGCGCUUCCUUGGUGUGGAAUCGAGGAGUUACUCCAUUUUUGCACAUGUUUGACAAAUAUGGCCCGGUUGUGAGACUGCAGGGUAUCUUUGGUGGUGACAUUGUGUUUGUUGCAAGGCCAGAACUCAUUGAAACGGUGUACAAGGAAGAAGGGAAGUAUCCCCUUCGCUCUGCUUUAGACUCCUUGGAAAAGUACAGAUCAGAGCAUCGAAAACAAAGUAUUGCUGGUCCUUUUGUAAUGUUUGGACCAGAUUGGGAAUCAUUGAGAUCAAAACUUGAAGUUCCUUUCACACAGUCUGUUGGCCACUUUGGAUCACAAUUAGAAGCAAUUGGAGAUGAUUUCAUGUCAAACUUAAAAACCCUUCUAAAUCGUCAAGAGGAGACACCUGAAAACUUUCACACUGAGAUAUUCAAGUGGGCAUUUGAGAGUGUAGCUCUGGUGACGUUGGGUAAGCGCAUGCAACUAGUUGGCCACCAGAAGCUUCUGCCUGGUUCUGUAGGCCUCAACUUGCUUGAUGCCAUUACAAAAGCAAGCAAUUCUCUAAGGCGGUGUGAAUCAGGCUUACAGCUGUGGCGCUUUGUUAAAACACCUGCUUGGAAGGACCUAGUCAGUGCUUGUGAAACAAUUGACAGCAUAAUUUUGAAAUUUGUCAAAGAAACUGAAAACCGUCUACAAGUUGAAAGAUAUGGCAAAACAGAAGACAAUUUGAUUCGAACAGAAACAAACCGGGCCAAGUCUAAGGAUCUUCACAACCGGCCCAUGCCUCUCCUUGAUGCUCUGGUACUGGAUGGUGGCAUGUCAGCAGACGACUUACUCACCGUAGUUUUGGACAUGCUUCUCCUGGGGGCUAAUGCCACAGCACAUGCCCUCAGUUUCCUUCUUUACCGCAUGGCCAAGAACCCCCGGGUGCAGCGCAACUUGUACGAUGAACUGGUUCAUGUGAUUCCUGAACCCCACACACCGAUUGCUCCGCUGCUCGAGGUGGAAGCUAAGACACCAGAGAGACUGAUGAUGAAUCCUCCUAUACCUGUUCUGACUCGAAUUCUUCCCAAGGAUAUUGCUCUUCACAACUACCGUGUUCCAAGAGGGACAAUGGUGCUUAUGACAACACAUGUGGCUAGUAUGAAAGAAGAAAAUUUUGAAGAUGCUAAAAAGUACUAUCCUGAAAGAUGGCUGAAGGCUAACGAGGAUGCUCAUCCCUUUGCUACACUGCCAUAUGGCCAUGGACCUCGAUCAUGUGUUGCUCGUUACCUGGCUGAUGCUCAGCUUAUGCUCAUUGCCGCAAAGAUAUUCCGCAACUUCACUGUGGAAUACAAUUACGGGGCCAUCCAACCUACCAAUAGACUCAUUGCAAUGCCUAACAAACCUUUAAAGUUUCGCUUUAUUGAAAGGAGUUAAAGUUCUCUUUUAAGUUCAGAAUAUUCUUUUAAGUGUUCAAUGUGUUUGUAUCAUUAAUUGUAGUUGAAUCAUAUAAUACUUCUGUGUUGCAAAAAUAUACAUUAGA